AUGGACUCUGCCAGUGAAAAUGCGUCUCGCAAAUCUACUCCAAAUAUUAGCAGAAGAAGCUCUUUAAAAUCCAUCAAGGAUAUGGCAUUUGAUAAGUUGAGUAUCGCAAGCAGUGGCAACAAUAAUAUUGAUGAUAAGAGUAACAACUCCAAGGGUAACAUUGAGGAAGAGGACCAUUACGAUUACAUAGAAGACCACGAUAAGGAUCUUCUAGCUAUUGAGGGCCGAGCUUUUGAUGAUGCUCAUUCGAAAAGUGCCUCAGGAAAGGGUACGAAUGAUACGACAGGUACGAGGCCCAAAGAUGGUCCCAAAGGUCCUAACGGUCCCAAUGGCUCCGAUGACAACAACGGGGCCGACAUGCCAAGCGAGAUAAAUGGUGGUAGUGGUACCAGUGUUAAUGUAGAUAAUCUCACAACAGACAAAGAAUUACUUCCUCCUUCAAUGGUACAAGUUAAACCGAAGUCACCUAUAUUAAGAAUAUCUUCUUCUCCACAUCACCACCAUCAUCACCAUCAUCGUCAUCACCGUUCGCAUUCCCGUUCUACUGAGCGACAUUCCAGUUCUGGUAACAUUAAUUCUGACGAUAACGAUAGCACAUAUUCAGCUCUUCCUUCUCAAUCCUUUGCUAUUGAUAUUCCACCUUCGAAGCUUGAGAUCCCAGGUGAAAAUUCUGUACUACCAUCAUCUUCAUCGGUGAUUACAGCCGGAGCUGAGUCCGUCAUCUCUUACUCUUCUACUUCUACGAAUCGUCGUGAUGAAUUGGAGCCCGUUCUUUCCCGCAAAAGCUCGGCCAGCACGACGCAUAGUCAACGACGAUUUUCCUCCGAUAGGAUUAAUGAGUAUCCUCGGGCUUCAGCUGUGGCGAGUGGCAUUGAUGAUGAUAUAUCGACCAAUCUUGAUGAGGUCACAGCAACAACAACAAUAAUGACAACGGACUCUACUGAGGAUCUGCCUCCACUGUUUUUGGGACAACGACGUCCCUCAGCAUCCUCUCUUUCUAAGUCUUCCGUUGGCCCUGUCAAUAUUACUAUCACAGAUGAUACCGGUGCGCACCCGGAAGAUGCAUUGUCAAAAGCCCCUCAUAGACGAAAGAAGAAGCAACUGAACAUUGAAAACUUAAUUCAAAGAUUACUCGAUGCUGGUUAUUCGGGUAAAAGAACCAAGUCAGUGUGCUUAAAGAACAGCGAGAUUGCUUUGAUUUGCUCUACUGCUAGAGAAAUCUUUCUGAGUCAGCCAACACUAAUAGAAUUGAAUGCUCCAGUGAAGAUUGUUGGAGAUAUUCACGGCCAGUACAGCGAUUUGAUAAGAAUCUUUACGAAAUGUGGGUUCCCGCCUUCAGCCAAUUACUUGUUUUUAGGUGACUACGUGGAUCGAGGCAAACAGUCUUUAGAGACUAUUCUUUUACUAUUUUGUUACAAGAUCAAAUACCCUGAGAACUUCUUCCUUCUUCGAGGCAAUCAUGAAUGUGCACAAAUCACUCGUGCGUACGGGUUUUACGAUGAGUGUAAGCGGAGAACAAACUUGAGAACGUGGAAGAUCUUUAUCGAUACCUUUAACACCCUUCCGGUUUGUGCUUUGGUAGCAUCUAAGAUCUUCUGUGUACACGGAGGACUCUCGCCUGUUCUAAAUUCCAUAGACGAGAUAAGAAACAUCAAGAGACCCACAGAUGUGCCAGAUUUUGGACUUCUUAACGAUUUGCUUUGGUCAGAUCCUGCCGAUCAGACCAACGAAUGGGAAGACAACGAGCGCGGAGUUUCGUAUUGUUUCAACAGGGUUGCCAUUAAUAAGUUUCUCAAUAAGUUUCAGUUUGAUUUAGUUGCCAGAGCUCACAUGGUUGUGGAAGAUGGCUAUGAGUUUUUCAAUGAUAGGUCCUUGGUGACUGUUUUUUCUGCGCCUAACUACUGUGGAGAAUUUGAUAACUGGGGAGCUGUGAUGAGUGUUAGCGAGGAAUUACUUUGUUCUUUUGAAUUGCUAGAUCCUCUAGACAGUGUUGCAUUGAAGCGACUAAUGAAGAAGGGAAGAAUUGAACGGAGAAAUGCAUCCAUUGCACGUAUUUCACCGCAAAACACCCAGUCUUAUUGA